AUUCUUGUACAUACAUGCAUAAAUUGAAAUGCAAACCAAAGACAACCUUUGGAGUUUUGACAUUUUGUCAAGUCUUUGGCAGCCGAUUGUCAAACAACCUCUUUUUCUGUCAACUUUUCUGUUAGGCAGGUUAUUUUACAAUGGCUAAGCGUACGAAAAAGGUUGGAAUCACUGGUAAAUAUGGCACACGUUACGGUGCUUCACUUCGUAAAAUGGUCAAAAAGAUGGAAGUGACACAACACGCUAAGUACACUUGCUCUUUUUGUGGAAAGGAUGCCAUGAAACGUAGCUGCGUUGGUAUCUGGUCAUGCAAGCGUUGCAAGAGGACCGUUGCUGGUGGAGCCUGGGUUUUCUCCACCACAGCUGCCUCAUCCUGCCGUUCAGCAGUCAGAAGGUUGCGUGAAGUUAAAUGAAUAGGAUAAGGGAAUAAACAAAAAAAACUUUAA